ACGAAGAGGAGAGCGGGGAGGACGACGACGUGGUGAGCCGCGCCUCGUUCAAGAUCCGCUCCCAGAAGCUCAUUGAAACCCGCAGCAAGAAGCGAGGUCGCUCGCGGAGGUCCUAGGCCGGUGGUGCCCACUCCGCCCGAGCCCCCUGGCCUCCUGGGCCCAGCCAGGGCUCCUCGGGGGCCCCUCGAAGGGCUGGACGAGGCCCGGGCCGGGAGCAGAGCCGGGCAGCCGGCCCGAGGAGAGAAGGGGCCGGGUCAGAUGUUCCCUCAGUAAAUCUCCCAAGUUGGGUCGGCGCCGGUCUCAGAAUCGCGCAAUAAAGGUCACCCCCCGGCCUCCGGGUGUUCCGCGCUUGCUGACCCUACCCCACCCGAAGGGAAGAUGGCGCCCCGCAAUACCUAGGGCCGCUCACCGCCCCUCCAGCCCGGGCCUCCUGGCUGCAUCCGCCGGUGGCAUCCGAGAGACGCCCUUGUCCUGGGCCCUGCAGCACUUCUGGGGCCGAUCUGCCCUUCCCACCUGAGCACGGAGGGCACGGCCCAGGACACAGCGGCGCCCAGCUGAGCGCUCCCACCCCCGGGGAGAGGGGCGCCCCUCCCCGGGGCAUCUGGGCCCCCUGCCAGGGCCCUGGGUCGGCCCCGCCCCGCCUCGAACCCGCCCCCCGCUGCCCGCCGGCCCUUCCGCCGCACUCCGGCGCCACCACGGUGCCCCUGCCCGCCGCGGCCGACACCUUCCUCCACUACCGCACCAGCAAGGUGCGGGCGCUCAGGGCCGCGCGGCUGGAGCGGCUGAUGCGCGAGCUGGUGUCCGGAGACCGGGAGCAGGACCCUGGCUUCGUGCCCGCUUUCCUGGCCACCCACCACGCCUUCGUGUCCACCGCCCGUGUCCUGCGCUUCCUCCUGCCUCCGCCGCCGCCCCCGCCGCCGCCGCCUCCGGCACUAGGGAUAGAGCGCGGGAAGACAGAGGGACACGACCUGAGCCUCAACAAGAACCUGAGGGCUGUGGUGUCCGUGCUGGGCUCCUGGCUCCGAGAUCACCCUCAGGAUUUCCGAGACCCCCCUGCCCACUUGGACCUGGGCCGCAUCCGAGACUUUCUGGGCUGGGCUGCCCCAGGGGGUGCGGAGGCCCGGGAAGCGGAGAAGCUCUGGGAAGACUUCUUGGAGGAGGUGGAUCCAGAGCAAGAAGAGGAGCAGCCUGUCGUGUGGGCAGGACCACCCAGGGCCCCCCAGCCCGCCAGACCGGACUCCCCAGAAGGCUUCCCGGAAGAGGAAGGUCCCCAGCGGGAAGGUCCCGAGCUCCUGGACUUUAGCGUGGACGAGGUGGCGGAGCAGCUGACCCUCAUGGACGCGAAGCUCUUCUCGCGGGUGCGGCCCUGCGAGUGCCUGGGCUCCGUGUGGUCGCAGCGGGACCGGCCAGGGGCCUCGGGCGUUGCCCCCACUGUGCGCGCCACGGUGGCCCAGUUCAACGCCGUGACCGGCUGCGUGCUGGGCUCGGUGCUCGGGGUGCCGGGCCUGGCAGCCCCGCAGAGGGCGCAGCGCAUCGAGAAGUGGAUUCGGAUCGCGCAGCGCUGUCGGGAGCUUCGGAACUUCUCUUCCCUGCGCGCCGUCCUGUCCGCCCUGCAGUCAAACCCCAUCUACAGGCUUAAGCGCAGCUGGGGGGCCGUGAGCAGGGAACCGCUCUCCACCUUCAGGAAGCUUUCGCAGAUUUUCUCUGAUGAGAACAACCACCUCAGUAGCAGAGAGAUUCUGUCCCAGGAGGAGGCCACAGAGGGAUCCCAAGAGGAGGACAGCCCCCCAGCACGCCUCCCCUCAAAACUGCCCUCAGGUCCUGUCCCUUACCUCGGCACCUUCCUCACUGACCUGGUUAUGCUGGACACAGCCCUGCCGGAUGUGUUGGAGGGCGAUCUCAUCAAUUUUGAGAAGCGGAGGAAGGAAUGGGAGAUCCUGGCCCGAAUCCAGCAGCUUCAGCGGCGCUGUCGGAGCUACAGCCUGCGCCCCCACCCGCCCGUCCUGGCCGCCUUGCGCGCCCAGCGCCAGCUCAGCGAGGAGCAGAGCUACCGAGUCUCCCGCGUCAUUGAGCCCCCGGCCGCCUCCUGUCCCAGCUCCCCCAGCAUCCGGCGCCGUAUCAGCCUCACCAAGCGGCUCAGUGCGAAGCUGUCCCGGGAGAAGAGCACCUCCCCCGGUGGAAGUCCCGGGGACCCCGCAUCACCCAGCUCCAGUCUGUCCCCAGGGUCGCCCCCCUCCAGUCCCAGAGCCAAGGACCCUCCCGCCGGAAGUCCCCCUGGCUCUCCAGGCCCCCGGGGCUCCUGCACCAAGCGGCCCCUGAGCCUGGACCUGCCCGGCCCCCGGGCCCCCGUGUUGCCCCUGAGCAGCCCUCGCGCCCCACUCCCUGGAGAGCAGAGCUCGGAAGCCCGUGUCAUCCGCGUGAGCAUCGACAACGACCACGGCAACCUGUACCGCAGCAUCCUGCUCACCAGCCAGGACAAAGCCCCCGCUGUGGUCCAGCGCGCCCUGGAGAAGCAUAACGUGCCGCAGCCCCGGGCCCAGGCCUACCAGCUCUUCCAGGUCCUCCCUGGGGACAGAGAGUUCCCGAUUCCCGACAACGCCAAUGUCUUCUACGCCAUGAGUCCGGCCGCCCCCGGAGACUUCGUGCUGCGGCGGAAGGAGGGGGCUCGGCCGGCAGGCUCUGUCCCCCCGACCUGAGGGAGCCCUCUCCUCCCUCCAGCCCAGAGCGCAGAGCCUUCUGUCACACUGGAGGGAGCCGCUCCUGAAAAGCAACCCCCUCCGGGAGGCCACUGUGUGCUGUGCUGCGGGGCACCUGCCCCAGCUUAGCCCAUCGGAGGCCGCCACGCUGAUGCCUUGGGCGCGGGAUCUCUCUUUCAAAGGCAUUAAUCCACACAUGGCUGCCAUGACAAUAAAAAUGAAAAGCAAACUAA